CUUCAAUCUACUUCUCAACUACCCUACCACCACCACCAAAAUGUCCAUCCCAAUCACCCUCCAAGCUCCCUCCACCGACUCCCGCGAAGCCAUCGUCGAUGCUCUCUACCGCACCGUUCUAUCCUUCGACACCGGCGAUGUAGCCCUCUUCAACUCCGCCUUCUUUCCCGACGCCACCUUCACUUUUGGCGACAACGUCAUGGAAGGACGCCAGUCUAUCCACGAUAAUUCGUUUGCGAACAUCGCAAAGCUCGACACCACUCACUUCAUCAACAAUGUCCGAGUCAGUCUGGUCGAGGGAGCUUCAAACAAGGCCACUAUUACGGCCUCUGCCCUUGCUCAGCAUUAUCGCGCCGGAGAGGGAAACAAGCCCGGUGCGACGAGAUUGAUGAGUGGGGCUUUGUAUUUUUUGGAUGUCGAGAAGCAUGAGGGUGAUGGAUUAUGGAAGGUUAGGAAAUGGGUUAUGAAGCUUGUUUGGACGGAGGGAGAUUGGGGGGUUAUGAAGGGGGAGUAAACGACUUCUUUCUGAUAUAUUGG